AUGGACCUCUUUCGAGUUCGCCUGAAUUGCAUAGACAACUACCAGGCUAUCCCAACGAAGUUCGACCCCGUCCUUCGAAACAAUGUUAAGCCUUCUCAGGUUCAAAAGGAACCGAAAGUGCCUGUAAUUAGAGUAUUUGGGGCUACUGAAACGGGCCAAAAAGUUUGCGCUCAUAUUCAUGGAGCCUUCCCAUAUUUGUAUAUCGAAUACACAGGUAGUCUCGUUCCGGAUGAUGUUGGUGCUUACAUACACCGUCUUCAUCUAUCGGUGGACUUUGCGCUAGCUGUCAGUUACAGGCGUAAUAUGUAUGAUGGAAAUGCUAAAUACGUCGCACGCAUCACUCUGGUCAAGGGGAUCCCGUUCUAUGGGUAUCAUGUGGGCUACAGCUACUAUCUGAAAAUUUAUAUGCUCAAUCCCAUGACAAUGAUACGGCUUGGUGAUCUUCUACGCCAAGGAGUCAUCAUGAAGAAAAUGAUUCAGCCGUACGAAGCUCAUCUUCAGUAUCUACUGCAAUGGAUGGCAGAUUACAACUUGUAUGGAUGUGGAUAUAUCGACUGUAGCAAAGCGACCUUUCGAAGCCCAUUGCCUAAAUAUGAAGAGAUGACCAAUCCCUCUCAUCUUUGGCACGACCGUUCUAUUCCAAAGGAGCUUGUAACCGAAGAGUCUGAACUCCCGAGAGUCAGUCAUUGCUCAAUUGAAGUGGACAUCUGCGUGCAAGAUAUCUUAAAUCGGAAUGAGAUCAAAGUACGGCCUCUUCACCAUGAUUUCAUUGAACGGCUCAAUUCAUUGGCUCCAGAUCAGAAAUUAGUCCACAGUAUGGCAGGACUCUGGAGAGACGAGACGCGUAGACGCAAGGCACAUAUGUCGAAUCCUGACCCCGGCAGCAGCCCUUUUCCACCCGAAGUUAUGAUCUCAAUGUCUGCUGACCCUCGACAUUCUCAACCCGGAGGUUGGAUCCAUGAGGAAGAAUACCGAGAGAAGAUGAUGUUUCAGAUCGCCGAAGAGAAGAGCAAAAGCGAUGGUGCGGCGAUCUCUUUUGAUACUUUUGUCCGACCAGCGCCAUUCGAUUCGUCUGUGAGAACAUGUUUGGAGGGUGUCGAAGAUCUUUAUCCCGAGAAUUUACGCCCUGCUCUUGGAUUGACGCCCGGAGCGAGAAAGGGAGUCGGUGAUUACGAUAUGGAUGACGAGGAUGAAGAACGAGAAGUAGAUGAGAAACGAAUUCUGGCAUUUAAUAUGGAGAACGAUGAUAACGACUUUCUUUACGACUCUGACGAAGACAUUAUGCGAGAAAUCGAGCUUUCUCAGAAGAAAGGUGACCAAGUCGAUGAAAAACAUCUGGAAUCGGAGGACACCAGGAAAAUAGAACACGAAAUAGACGAUGAAUUACGCCCAGGUGGUGAUGAUUAUGCAGAGCAAUUUGUAGAUCCGGCUGAUCCAAAUAGCUGGCAAAGUUCAUCUGGACCUUCCGAGGGAGUCGUAGGUGGUCCGUCUGAGACUGCUUCGAUUACGCCCCCUAUUACAACAUCAAGUCAAUACGACGACUCUCCAGAAAGCGAAGGGGUGUCUCAACCAGUUCCAGCAAUACGAGUCGUUCAACAACCUACAGCUAAUACUAAACGAUCUGAUUAUCCUGUUCAACUUGCCGAGAGCCCCGCUAAGCGUCAGAAAAUGCAAUCGGGUCAGUAUGACGAACCUAAGCUUCACCACAACAGUUCUGAAGCAGCUUUUGGACAUUAUUAUAGCUUCGGCGGUGAAAAUCAGUUGCUUGCUGUGCCAAAUAUCAAUGAAGGCAAAGGAAGUCGAGGAAACAAGACUCCAAAGUUGAAAACGGCCACUGUAAAUGGCUCGUCAAAAUUGACAAGGAGUUCUGACAAUGCAAAAUCUUCUCAGGAAUCCCUCAAGGCAAACGAUAGACCCUCUACACAACCUCUUAACUUCCCAAUCGUCAAGGACCCUCACGACCCAUACACUAUCCUGAGAUUAAGCCAGAAGAGUGCUUCGCAACCAAGCCCGGUUGAGAAAAAGAAACACGUUUCGUUUGAUCCUCUUCUAUCAUCUGCCCAGAGCCCGCUCAAACGCUCAGCAUCAUUGAGGUCCAGCGCCCAACACGCAUCAUCUGAACAAUAUACCCAAAUUGCAAAAGUGCUUAAAGGCAUCCGAUUUGACUUUGGAGAGGUUCCUAAGGGGAAUCUUUUAGCACUUGCUGAACUCCCGCCCUCCUAUCAGACUGUGGAUUCGACAAUCCAGGACCUCAAUCUUCCGUCUGUCAUUUAUCAAGAUGCCUACUAUAGCAACGAGCAAGAUGUGCCUGACCGCGCACGGGAAUGGGCUGGAAGAGAAUUUAAACUGGAAAGCUUAACCGUACCCUUCCUUCCUGAGUUCGACCCGACCGGAACAUCUGAGGCAAGUUUUGGGCAGAAGCCCAGCAUCAUACCAGAUAGAGUCCAGGACGAUAAGGAUUAUCGACGUCAGCGGCGAGAAUGUAGUCUCCGAAGUUGGGCGAUCGCGGAACUGCCACCAACCUACGCCGAAAUAAAUCAGUGGUGUAGAGACCAAGAGAAGAGCCGCCGGUUAAAAAAAGCAAAGCUCUUUACAACGUCCAAAGCAGCGCCUAGUCCUCGGAAGGGGAAGCUGUCACAAAUCGACGGCCCAACACAGAAAAACAAACAUGACUUCAAAUAUACCCAAAACCAGAAAACAACAAGUGUCAAGCACGAAGUACAGUACAUGAGCACAAUGAGUCUUGAGGUUCACGUCAACACGCGUGGAAACCUUGUGCCUAACCCUGAAGAGGAUGAGGUUCAGUGUAUUUUCUGGUGUUUGCAGUCUGACGACGAGACUCUUAAAAAUAACGGUUAUGCAGAAGGAACUCAUCUCGGAAUGGUGAUUCUUUCUGAGGAUGGCGAGAUGACCGAAAGGAUUUCUAAGCAAGUAGCUAUUGAAGUUCUGCAAGAGCAAUCGGAACUUGAUCUCAUGAUUCGUAUGGUCGAGCUUGUACGUGCUCAUGACCCAGAUAUACUCACGGGGUACGAAGUCCAUGGGAGUUCGUGGGGGUUCCUGAUCGAAAGGGCACGAUUGAAGUACGAUUACAAUCUCUGUGACGAAUUCUCUCGUAUGAAGUCUCAAUCGCAUGGAAGGUUUGGAAAGGAUAAUGACAAGUGGGGCUUUAACAAUACUUCGACAAUCCGUGUCACUGGCAGACACAUGAUCAAUAUCUGGCGAGCCAUGCGGAGCGAGUUGAAUUUACUUCAGUAUACCAUGGAGAAUGUUGCUUUCCAUUUACUUCACCGCCGAAUCCCGCACUUCACCUGGGCUGACUUGACGAACUGGUACACCAAUGGCAAACCUCGAGAUCUGGCUAAAAUAAUCAACCAUUAUGUCUAUCGUGUUCAGCUGGACUUGGAGAUUCUUGAGCGAAACGAAUUGAUUGCCAGAACGAGUGAACAAGCCCGAUUGCUUGGAGUGGACUUCUUCUCGGUUUUCUCUCGAGGGUCCCAAUUCAAGGUCGAGUCUCUAAUGUUCCGAAUCGCAAAGCCUGAAAAUUUCAUGCUAGUGUCUCCAAGCAGGAAGCAAGUUGGAGGCCAAAAUGCUCUGGAGUGUUUGCCAUUGGUAAUGGAACCUCAGAGCGCAUUUUAUAAUAGCCCGGUGCUAGUUCUGGAUUUUCAAAGCUUGUAUCCCAGUGUUAUGAUUGCUUAUAAUUACUGCUACUCAACCUUCCUUGGAAGAGUAGUAAAUUGGCGAGGCGCUAAUAAAAUGGGAUUCACGGAGUUUAAGAGGCAGCAGCGGCUACUCGAACUUCUCAAAGAUCAUAUCAACAUUUCACCAAACGGCAUGAUGUACACCAAGCCACAGAUACGGAAGUCUUUGUUAGCCAAAAUGUUGGGUGAGAUUUUGGAGACUCGAGUUAUGGUCAAGAGCGGAAUGAAAGUCGAUAAAGAUGACAAAGCACUUCAACGACUACUCAAUAACAGACAGCUGGCGCUAAAGCUCAUAGCCAAUGUCACUUACGGCUAUACUUCUGCCUCAUUUUCAGGCCGAAUGCCAUGUUCCGAGAUUGCAGACAGCAUUGUUCAGACUGGCCGCGAGACACUCGAGAAAGCCAUCGCUCUCAUCCAUUCCGUCAAGCGGUGGGGAGCUGAAGUAGUCUAUGGUGAUACCGACAGUUUAUUCGUCUACUUAAAAGGCCGGACUAAGGAUCAAGCAUUCGACAUUGGAGAGGAAAUUGCGAAGACUGUUACAGAUAUGAACCCUCGUCCAAUCAAGCUGAAAUUUGAAAAGGUCUACUUGCCCUGUGUCCUGCUAGCUAAGAAACGCUACGUAGGUUUCAAGUAUGAGCACAGGAACCAGACCGAACCGGAGUUCGACGCAAAAGGUAUCGAGACCGUUCGCAGGGAUGGCACGCCUGCGGAGCAAAAGAUCGAGGAAAAGGCCUUGAAAGUUUUGUUUCGAACAGCUGAUCUCAGCCAAGUCAAAUCAUAUUUUCAGAAACAGUGCGAAAAGAUCAUGAAAGGAUCUGUCUCUAUUCAGGACUUUUGCUUUGCUAGGGAGGUUAAGCUUGGGACUUACAGUGACAAGGGACCGCCUCCUCCAGGUGCGCUUAUCAGUACAAAGCGAAUGCUGGAAGAUGCUCGAGCAGAACCUCAGUACGGGGAACGAAUACCUUACGUCGUCAUUACCGGGGCCCCAGGUGCACGAUUGAUCGAUCGAUGUGUCGCUCCUGAAGAGCUGCUUGAAAACGACCACAGUGAGCUGGAUGCUGAGUAUUACAUAUCGAAGAAUCUCAUCCCUCCUUUGGAACGGAUAUUCAAUCUUGUGGGUGCGAAUGUGAGGAAUUGGUAUGAUGAAAUGCCUAAGUAUCAACGGGUACGGAGGGUAGAUGCAAAUCUUCAGCUCCAAGGUCAAUCCAAGGAACUCGCUAUAAGCAAGAAGACACUUGAAUCGUACAUGAAGUCUUCCUCUUGCCUGGUGUGCAAGGAGAAGCUAGAGCUGGAAGGAUCUAUCUGUCCUAACUGUUUGAGUGACAUGUCGCGGUCUCUCCUAUCGUUGCGAACCAGACUCAACGGAGAGGAAAGAAGGUUCAUGGACAUCCAAAAGAUAUGUCAAGGCUGCUCGGGGAUAUCGCCACUGGACGAGGUGAGGUGCGACAGCAAGGAUUGUCCGGUAUUUUAUACUAGGACUAGACAGAAGGCGAGACUGAAGACUGAGAGAGGCAUUGUAGAACCGGUCAUGAAGGAGCUAUCGAGCUUAAUUGUAAACAUGGCGGAUUUGGAAUGGUAA